AUGGUGAAGAAAACAACUGUUAUACUCUUGGCUUUGACUAUUAUGACUUUGGUUGUGACUUGCAAAGAGCUCGAUCUUAGUAGUGAGAACUUGGGUGAAAACAACGAUUUAGAACGACACAUCGAUGGAUAUUUUGAGUCAAUGCUCGAAGAAACACUCGAAAAGCGCGGCAAAUGUCGUACUAUAGGGGCAAAGUGUGGUAAAAACCAUAAGAAGUGUUGUAGUCAUCUUUGUCUUUGGGGCAAAUGCACAGAAUGUGGUGGAAAACAACAUUGCAAAACUUGUCCUUAUGAGGGUGCUUUCGUUCCUCAUAAUGGUUAUGUCACUUACAGCUAUAACUGUAAGAACUAA